ACACAGUUUGGCAGAAAAUAGUACAGAUUCAAAAAUGUUGUAUUUAGUGGUGUUGUUUUGUGGACUAUUUGCAGUCAGCCGAGGGCAGUCUACGGAGGUAUCGGCAUGCACUUCGAACAUCGGCUCGCUUCCCUUAAAUACGUACAUCGAAGGCUGCAUCACUCCACCCUGCAGUCUGCCGCAACUGGAGGAUGCGGUCUUGCACAUCGUCUUCAGAGCUCCUCGCACCAUGCGUUCCAUGAGAACGCUAGCCACAGCCUACCUCUUCGGGAUCGUUCCCUACAACUACGACCUUGGGGAGAACGCCAUCACCUGCAACUUCCUGAACAACAGCUACUGUCCAGUGCUGGAGGGAGAGGUCUUGCAGUACACGCUGAAGAUGACAGUGGAGUCAUUCAUGCCUGUGGGUACGGCUGCCCCCAUAGAGUUCCGGGUGGUGGGGGAGACCAACAAUGACGCCGUCUUCUGCAUCAGGGUCCCCAUUGUCGUCACAGCACCACUCAACAACUGAUCACUUAGUUCUUUCUUUUUAAUAAGAACUAACUCUUGUUGGUGGAGUUCAGUAGAGCGCCCUACUUACCAGCAAAUAAAAGAAUAAUUAAAUAGAAAAGAAAUUUUAACUUACUUAUAUUAAGGAAAUUGAAAAUAUGCAUAAUAAUUAAGAUAUACCUACAUAA